CUAUUACUUACCCGGUGAUCCCAGUAGAUGCCAGCGAUAUUUCUAAGGUAUCUGUGGUCAAAGACCUAGUAGCUUACGAGUAUCUUCGACUCUUAAUGGCCAUGUUUCGCAGCCGUAGAACAGAACGAACUGCUGUAUAGUAUACCUGUCCCUUAAUUGAUGGACGAAUAUCUGACCUUUGCCAUAUGUGACGUAAGUUGGCGAAAGCCAAACGAGCUUUUCGAAUCCGUGCAGAGAUUUCGUCAGACACCAAACCAUUAGGGUUGAUCAUCAUUUACUAUGGUACACUAGUUAGAAAGCAAGUCUGUGAAUUCAUUGAUUACUGGUUUAAGCUGCGUAGAAGAAUAUAAUACUUAGCAUAGAUUCGCACAAUAACUGCGAUCUGUGCUCGAAGAUAUUUUGUGACAGCUCAUAAUCGGUCACUGGCACGGAUGCAUUCAGCCAUUUUUCUAUACAUCUUUAGUCCUAGUAUUCCUUCAUAUAUACCUGUCCACUCUUUCUUUCGGAAUUAUAUUCUCAAUAUUUAGUCUUUUAACAUCACUAGCACUGCAUAAUUUCAGUCCCUUUGCCAUUCAUCUUAAAUUCGUCUCAUCGUGUUAAUGGGUGUGGAAACGAGUUAAAAUAAAUUUGUGCCGGGCUCUACGUUCAUUAUGAUUGACUGUUCGUAGACAUUGACAUGGCUUAGGAUGUCAUAAUGGUGCAACUUGUAGUUCGUGAACACCCAGUAACUGGCCCAUACAUCGAUGGUUUGUUAUGUGAAGAGGUUUGGUCUGAAUCAGAUAUCAUAAAACGACUUGAUGUUGGGAAUCGUUUACGUGCUGUGGCUGCCACACCUCUGAACGAAAACAGCAGUCGCUCACACACCGUACUCGUAUUAUCAUUGACGAAGCGUUCAACUACUAAAUGUCUUUUAGGAGAUAUUGAAAACGUUUAUAACAGUCACAUAACCAUUGUUGAUCUCGCUGGAAGUGAACGUCAAACAUCUACAUCUACUUUGAGUGGACGUUUUAUUGAAAGCUGUCAAAUCAACAAGUCGUUGUUUACUCUCGGGAAAGUAAUCACUCAACUUUCCCAGAAUAUCACUUACAAGAGAAGGGCAUUUCCAUCCCCUGAACCACGUUCAGUUGUUCAGGAUACUUGUCCACUGCUUUCAGUAACACCAUGCCGAUUGGUCAAUAAACGACGGGAUUUUGUUUCUUAUCGCGAUUCUUUGCUAACCUGGUUACUGAAGGAUAGUUUAGGAGGGAAUGCAGUCACAGUAAUGCUGGCAACUGUCAGCCCCUGUCAAACUCAUUACGACGAAACAUUAAGCACUUUACGUUAUGCCAAAAAGGCAUCAUGUAUUGUCAAUUCAGCGAUGGUCAAUGAAGAUCCGAAAAGUCGAUUGAUUCGUGAAUUAAUGUCCGAAUUACGUAUCUUACGACAAAAAGCAUCUUCAAUUAUGUUUGAAUCCGGAACAUGUCAAGCUUAUGAGGCAGCGAAGCUUAGAGAAUUAAUUUCCAUUCGUGAAGAUGGUGUCCUACAAUUACGAAGGAAGUUAACUGAUCGUCGCUCGUCCACUGGGCACCAGUCUAUCCGAGCUGUUACAUCUGAAUUAUGUAAAUCAACACAAACGUCAGAAGUUUAUCAAAAUGAAGUGGAUACCGGGUCAAGAACACUCCGAAGAGCACUUUCUACGCUUAAUUGUACAAAUACUAUUAGUCCAUUACGUAUUCAUGAGGAUAAAGUGAACUUCGAAGACAUAGAAAAACCGUACGUACAAACUGCCUUACCUAGUUCUUCUGAAGUUUCUACUUCUGUUGGCCAUUCUUUGCUGUGUAGUCCUAUGACUCAUUACCAACUUGUUGACCAGAUUGCCAAUUUGAAUUGUACAUUACAAUCUGUACAAGAGUCGACUAAGAAAUCCGAAGAAUUGAAAGUUGAAGAACUCAAUCAAAAGGUCAUCAUAUUGCAAGAAAAGUUACUAGCGCAAACUCGGUUACUUGAUAAUUUCAGACAGGCCUUUGACAAGUUGAACCGAGAAUACCAAGCUAUAUUGCGAUUGUUUCCUCGUUUGUUAAAGAAAGUUGCACACAUGACCUUACCCGACAAUGAACUCGGCGAUAAAACAAGCCACUUAAAUACGGAGCUACGUUCGACCUUUCCCUUUACAGAUACUUCAGUUAACCAACUAAGACAAACCGUUCCUACCUAUGUACCAGGAAAACCCAGGUGUGACGCAUCUAAACUUAGAUGAAGCUACAUGUCUGCAGAUUGUCAAAGUUCAUGUACAUAAGAUGUUUCUUGUAAAUAUAUUAUCCUUGCAUAUUA